AUGGAUGAUCUCCAGUCUCUGGAGCUCUUCUCGCUCGUGUCGCGAGUGACGAGUGAGCUCCAGAACCACCUGGGUAUCAACGAUAAGACGCUGGCGGAGUUCGUGAUCGAUCAGCAUCUACAAUGCGGCUCAUUCACGGAGUUCAAGAACAAUCUCGAGGCUAUGGGAGCCGAUUUCCCGCCCAGUCUGAUCGAGAGCAUCGACCGGCUCGUCCUGACGAUGCACCCCAAGUAUAAAGCCAAGCGGAGUGACGAGAACAACGCGGCGACCAACCAGAAGGAUGACAUGGAUGCUCUGGAUGAGAUCGAAAAGAAGGCGCGUAUUUUCAAGGGGCUGGCGGUCCCGGAUAAGGUUCCGACCUGGGAUGAUGAGGACUCUGCCCCCCGAAAAGAUACUACCGAAGAAGAUGCGAAGGCGGGUGCCAUGGACGAUACAUUCGCGAUGCUGGAAGGUCUCGCUGGGAAAGCUCGAGAGGAGAAGAAUGGCCACGCCGCUGAAAGGAGCAGCAGGAAACGAAGCAGGAGUCCGGACUACGGCGACUACGAUUCCGCUGUUCAUCGUCGGCGCAGAGACAGGUAUCGGUCCCGGUCCCGAUCCCGGUCCCGAUCGCGCAGCAUCGAGCGGCAUGGGAGGCGCAGAAGUGACAUCGAUGACCUGGACAGAUAUGGUGGAGGAAAGCCUAACGGCAGAAAUGGUGGAUAUCGUAACGGUCACGAGCGCCGAUCCCGACGGGACACGGAAGACGAUGAUGGCUUCUUCCGACGGCCUCCGACCCCGGAGUUGGACGACCAGCCUGUUCUCUACAAGGUUUAUGACGGUCGUGUCACGGGUGUCAAAGACUUCGGUGCCUUCGUUAAUCUUCUGGGAGUGAAAGGAAAAGUGGAUGGCCUAGUCCACGUUUCUGCCAUGCAAGAAGGAGCGCGGGUGAAUCAUCCCUCAGACCUAGUUUCGCGGGGACAGCCUGUGAAAGUCAAGGUGAUCAGUAUACAGGGUUCCAGAAUUGGACUUUCCAUGAAAGAGGUUGACCAGGUCACCGGACGUGAUCUGGUGCCCCAGCGACGCUUAGCCUCUGGAGCGAAUAUGGAACGUCUUGAUGGAGCUACCGCCCGAGAGCGCUAUGGGAAUCUCAGUUCUGAGGUCCCUGUCAUCGAAGAUGAUAUGGAUAGCAAGCAAAUGAGGAACAGAAAGCGACUGACGUCUCCGGAGAGGUGGGAAAUCAAGCAACUGAUCGCCUCCGGCGCGGUGUCGGCUGCCGAUUACCCUGACAUUGACGAGGAAUACCAUGCCACCCUCAACGGAGAAGGCGAUUUUGAGGAGGAAGAAGAUAUAGAUAUUGAGGUCCGAGAGGAGGAACCCCCGUUCCUUGCUGGUCAGACGAAACAGUCUCUGGAGCUGUCUCCUAUCAGGGUUGUCAAGGCCCCUGAUGGAUCACUCAAUCGGGCUGCUAUGGCGGGCACAAACCUUGCGAAGGAGCGACGAGAGCUCAGACAACAAGAAGCGCAAGACCGAGCUGCGGCAGAAGCAGCCGAAAUUGACCUCAGUGCACAGUGGGAGGACCCUAUGGCCGACCCAGAGCAGAGGAAAUUUGCGCAAGAUCUCCGGAAUGCACGGCUCAGCAAGUCCGAUUCUGCAAUACCCGAAUGGAAGAGGGUUACUCAGAGCAAGGACGUUUCUUAUGGAAAGCGGACCAAUAUGAGCAUCAAGCAACAGCGUGAGAGUCUGCCGGUGUUCAAGUUCCGCAAACAAUUGCUCGAUGCAAUUCGAGACAAUCAACUGUUGAUUGUGGUUGGAGAUACGGGCUCCGGGAAGACGACACAAGUCACGCAGUACCUGGCUGAAGCUGGUUAUGCAAAUAAUGGCAUAAUAGGCUGCACGCAACCUCGUCGAGUGGCCGCUAUGUCAGUUGCCAAGCGAGUGGCUGAGGAAGUGGGCUGCCGACUUGGGGCAGAGGUUGGAUAUACCAUUCGUUUCGAGGACUGCACUAGUCCUGAGACAAAGAUCAAGUACAUGACGGACGAUUUGAAACGGUACUCGGUGAUUAUGCUCGACGAGGCCCACGAGCGGACCAUCGCCACAGACGUCCUGUUCGGACUAUUGAAGAAGACCAUCAAACGGAGGCCCGAUCUGAAGUUGAUCGUGACCUCUGCUACCCUGGAUGCGGAGAAGUUCUCGGAGUAUUUCAAUGGCUGCCCCAUUUUCUCAAUUCCAGGCCGUACAUACCCUGUCGAGAUCAUGUACUCCAAGGAACCCGAAACGGAUUACCUCGACGCCGCACUGGUUACGGUCAUGCAGAUCCACCUUACUGAACCCCCUGGUGAUAUCUUACUCUUCUUGACGGGUCAAGAAGAGAUCGACACCAGCUGCGAGAUCUUAUAUGAACGAAUGAAGGCGUUGGGCCCCAGCGUCCCUGAGCUCGUUAUUCUCCCCGUGUACUCUGCUCUGCCCAGCGAAAUGCAGAGUCGAAUCUUCGAGCCAGCGCCACCCGGAGGUCGGAAAGUCGUCAUUGCCACGAACAUUGCAGAAACCUCUAUUACCAUCGAUAACAUUUACUACGUCAUUGACCCUGGAUUUGUGAAGCAGAAUGCGUAUGACCCGAAGCUCGGUAUGGACUCUCUUGUCGUAACACCGAUCUCGCAAGCCCAGGCCAAACAGCGGGCAGGUCGUGCCGGGAGAACAGGUCCAGGAAAAUGCUUCCGAUUGUAUACGGAGGCUGCCUACCAAAAUGAAAUGCUACCGACAUCGAUACCCGAGAUUCAGCGCCAGAAUCUGUCGCACACCAUUCUUAUGUUGAAAGCGAUGGGCAUCAAUGACCUUCUCCAUUUCGACUUCAUGGAUCCGCCUCCGACAAACACCAUGCUUACGGCCCUGGAGGAACUAUACGCACUGUCCGCUCUGGACGAUGAAGGUCUUUUGACUCGCCUCGGACGGAAAAUGGCCGACUUCCCCAUGGAGCCGGCUCUCGCCAAGGUCCUCAUCGCCUCGGUGGAGAUGGGCUGCUCUGAUGAGAUGCUCAGCAUUGUGGCCAUGCUGUCGGUCCAGUCGGUCUUCUAUCGACCAAAGGACAAGCAGCAACAGGCGGAUCAGAAGAAAGCAAAGUUCCACGACCCACACGGUGAUCAUCUCACCUUGCUCAAUGUCUAUAAUGCGUGGAAACAGUCAGGCUACAGCAACGCCUGGUGCUACGAGAAUUUCAUCCAGGCGCGGCAGAUGCGUCGUGCCCAGGAUGUUCGGCAGCAGCUUGUCAGCAUCAUGGAACGAUACCACCACCAGAUCGUCUCCUGUGGGCGAAACACCGUCAAGGUCCGUAAGGCGCUGUGCACUGGGUUCUUCCGGAAUGCAGCUCGCAAAGAUCCGCAGGAAGGAUACAAGACCCUCACCGAAGGCACGCCUGUCUAUCUGCACCCCAGCUCGGCUCUG